AUGAGUGACAAUAACCUGUAGGAUUCAGGGGUGAAGCUGCUCUCUUCUGGACUGGCAAGUCCACACUGUAAACUGUAAACACUGGGCAGUCCAGAUAGUAAACUGUUUUCACUUUGUACUUUCACAGAGGAAGGAUGUGCUUUUCUAGCCUCCUCUCUCAAUUCCAACCCCUCACAUCUGAGGGAGCUGGACCUGAGCUACAAUCACCCAGGAGACUCAGGAGUGAAGCUUCUCUCUGCUGUACUGGAAGAUCCACACUGUAAACUGAGGAAACUUAGGAAAGAAUGAAUGUGUAAAAACAAAAAAGCCAUUAACUCGGUUUGGGAUUGUGUGAAUCCCAUCCCUGUUUUACUGCCUCUCUCUCCGACAGUGUGGUGUGCUGAGUUCAGGAUCAGACCAGGACCACAGAGAUGUGAGUAUGUACAGUAUGGGUAUGUGAUAUUCUACUAUGAGUUUCAGAUUUUUCCCCCAGAUACCUGUGACCUCAGACUGGACCCAAACACAGCACACAGAGAGCUCUCGUUGUCUGCAGAGAACAGGAAGGUGACGCGAGAGAAAGAGCAGCCGUUUCCUGAUCACCCAGAGAGAUUUGACUACUGGAGGAAGCUGCUGUGCAGAGAGCGUUUGACUGGGCGCUGCUAUUGGGAGACAGAGUGGAGUGGGAUCAGCAGGAGAGGAGAGGGACAUGACUGCUGGUUUUGGAUGAAGCCCUGUGUCCUGGAGUAUGAACUGCUCUAAUGACAAUUACACAACAUGGCACAACAGUGUCUCCUCUAACACUGACCCACCUGCCCACGUUCCACUUCACUGAGCCCUUCUAUCCAGGGUUUAGGCUAGGCUGGGUAGACUCGUCAGUGUCCCUGUGUCAGGUGGAAUAGCCUCCCUGGAGGAACACCUGAGACUUCAGGGCGAUCACACACGUUUUUGUGUGUGUAACAUGCAGUAGAUGACAAAGAUAACGCAACCCCUAAACCUAUAUUCACAUAUGUGCUUUGAACCACACUAGACCUGACUGUUAAUGUGAUGAUGAAUGAAUGAUAAUCGGAUUAAAGUACAUACUUUUAAACAA